AUGACCAGUGCCGCCCAUCCCGCGGCCGCCAAGGGCCUGAAUGGCGCCGAGCAGCUCCUUCAUGCCGCACUGGACGCGGGGAUCGAGGUCUGCUUCGCCAACCCAGGCACUUCUGAGAUGCACUUUGUGGCGGCCAUCGACUCCCUGAACAGUGGCAGCAGCAGCCGAGGCGGCAGCCUGCGCCCCGUGCUGGGCCUGCACGAAACCGUGUGCUCCGGUGCUGCCGACGGGUACGGCCGCAUGGCGCGCAAGCCGGCGCUCACCCUGCUGCACCUGGGGCCCGGCCUGGCCAAUGCGCUAACCAACCUUCACAACGCCAAGCGGGCCGGCACGCCGCUGGUGAACCUCGUGGGAGACAUGGCCACCUGGCACAAGGCCGCCGAUGCGCUGCUGGAUUCCGACAUCCCUGCGCUGGCAGCCAGCGUCGGGCGCCACACCCACACCUGCCGGCGGGGUGAGGACCUCGGGGCCGCCAUGGCGGCGGCGGUGGCGGCCACUACCGAGGGUGCCAGCGCCGGCGCGGGCAGCAGCCGGGUGGCAACCCUCAUUGUGCCGCAUGAUCUUGCCUGGGAGCGGGAGGGGACAGCGCCUGGCUAUGGUGCAGGCACGUGCAUUGAUGGCAGCGGCAGCUCCCAGGCAGCGGCAGCGGCAAACGAGGUAUCUGCCCUCCAUCUCAGCGAGCAGCAGCUGCCUCCAGGGGCGCAGUGUUUUGUGCGCGAGGCCGCAGCUGCGCUGCGCGCCUGCCCCGCCGGCAAGGCUGCGCUGUACAUCGGCGGCCGUGCAGCGCUGGCAGAAGGCGGCGCGCUGCUGAGCUGCGGGCACAUCGCGGCGGCCACUGGCGCCACGAUGCUGUGCGAGGCGCUCUUUGCUCGGCUGGACCGCGGCGAGGGGCUGCCAGACGUGCAGCGCUUGCCUUACUUCCCGCAGGAUGCCGCCGCCGAGCUGGGCAAGUACCAAGUGCUGCUGCUACUGGAUGCUCGGCGCCCCGUGGCCAACUUUGGAUACGAGGGCGGGAGCAGCCAGCUAGUGGCGCUGCCGGACGAGGCGGUGUGGGAGUUUGACAGCGGGGCUGUAAACCUGCCUGCGGCGCUGCGCCUGCUGGCUGAGGAGGUCGGGGGCGGCGGCAUCACACCCCAGGUCAACUGCCGGGGCGCCUUCUGCUCCGCCGCACGCCCGCCACUCCCAAAAGGCGAGCGGCCACUGGCAGCUUGCCCUCGCAGAUGUACCAUGCAGGCGGGCGGCCCGCUGAGCGCUGCGGCGCUGUGCCAGACGGUGGCGGCCCUGCAGCCCGCCGGCGCGAUCGUCGUUGACGAGUCGCUGACCAGCGGCGGGGCCUACUGGGCCGCCAGCCGCGGCUGCCCGCAGUUCAGCCACCUCACGCUGACAGGCGGGGCGAUCGGGGCAGGCAUCCCGCUGGCUGUGGGCGCCGCCGUGGCCUGCCCUGACCGAGCGGUCAUCAACCUGCAGGCCGACGGCAGCGGCAUGUACAGCCUGCAGGGGCUAUGGACGCAGGCGCGGGAGCAGCUGCACGUGGUCACCAUCAUCUGCGCCAACCGCGGCUACUCCAUCCUGCGGGUUGAGCUGGCCAAGCAGAGGCUGCCGGGCGGCGGCAAGGCGGCUCGCUCGCUCACCGACAUCGGCUCCCCGGCCCUCGACUGGGUGGCGCUGGCCCAGGGCAUGGGCGUGGCCGGCAGCCGGGCCGCAACCUGCGAGGAGCUGGCGGCGCAGCUGGCGGCGGCACUGGAGCGGGCCGGGCCCUCGCUCAUUGAGGCGGUGCUGUGAAUGGAAGGAAGAAAACUUUAUUUCAAGCGGCGAUGAACCAGGAAUGCGUGGCUGCAGAGCCACGUUCAUUUGUCAUUUAUUCCAAUGUGCCUGCCACCCUUCAGCGCAGGCAAUCCAGCUGUGGUUCGCUGUGUUUGCUUGCCGUGUUACAUCACCGAGCACCG